AUGGAGGGCAAAUCUCUGCUCUUCAAGCUGCUGGGCGACGUUGAGGUGGUUCCAGUUUGCAUCUAUCCCCGCAAGACCCCCCAGCUUGCCAUCGAAGCCAUCAUCAAACUGCUGGGCAACUUCGACGCCAUCAACCUCGAAGACAUCAAGGCUCCAGAGUGCUUUGACAUCGAGGAGGGCCUCAACGCACUGAAGGUGCUCCCCAUCUUCCACGACGACCAGCACGGCACUGCCAUCGUCACCCUUGCAGGUUUAAUCAACGCUGCCAAGGUGGUCGAGAAGGACCUCCGUGCUUGCAAGAUAGUCAUUAACGGAGCUGGAGCAGCAGGCAUCACCAUUGCCAAGCUGCUGCUCUCCUACGGAGUGAAGGAUAUCAUCAUCUGCGACUCAGCCGGCUCCAUCUACCGCGGCAGGACUAACAACAUGAACGAGGCCAAGAGGAAGAUUGCGGAAGUCACCAACAAGGACAACCUCAACGGACUGCUUCCCGACGUCAUCAAGGACACCGAUGUCUUCAUCGGAGUCUCCCAGGAAAAGGCUCUCCGUGGUCACUGGGUCGCCACUAUGGCCAAGAAGAGCAUUGUCUUCGCCCUCGCCAAUCCAGUCCCCGAAAUCCUUCCUGACGAUGCCAAGAGUUCAGGCGCCUAUGUCUACGGUAGCGGUAGAAGCGACUUCUAA